CUGACUGGACUUUAUGACACGAGAGCGAGCACGAGCAGCUACGGCGCCUUCGUGUGCGCGCGCUGCGCUGCCUCGCGCAACGUGGCGUCACAAGAGCGCAAUUGUUUCCUCUGACCGACCAGUUUAACCAGUCAACUGCAUCGCGUUAACCAGGAUGUAGGUGUGACAGUGCAGGUAUGUGUGUAUGUUACGUUGACACACCUGCAUGAGUUCAUUCUGUCACCUGUGCGGUUAAACGAGUGCCACACAUUCACAACAGUUUUAGCAAUCAUAUAUUUGGGUCGGAUGCGAGGCCUGUGUGCUCUGAUGUGUUUUGGCCUGGUGGGGGCGCUCCAGCCGAAGCAGCAUGUAGCUCAGCGCGGCCCGCCCGCGGUCAAGAUCAACAAGAUCAAUGGACACCAGUGGGUGACGGAGAACUGCCGAUGGCUCUCCACCCUCCUGCGGCAGAAGAGCUCGGCCGUACGGAAGCUGGGUUUAGCCGCGGCUGCGGUGGAGCGGGACAAAGUGCUGUCGGGUGUGGAGAAGCUUUUUCGCGUGCACACGCUGGAGGUCUUUCAGAGGGAGCUGAACGAGAGCGAGCGCUCUCUCUUCCAGGCUGUGGAUGGACUUCAGAGGGUGUUGAAGGGAAACCUCAGAGAUGUGGUCAACAUGAAGGAAAGCAGCAGGCAGAGACUCGAAGCCCUCAGAGAAGCUGCCAUCAAAGAGGAGCAGGAGUAUAUGGAGCUGGUCGCAGCUGAGAAACAUCAGCAGGAGGUGCUGAGGGAGGCGCGGGACAUUAAUAAAACUCUCUCCAUACUGGAUGAGAUCAUGGAGGACGUUCGGAAGGCUGCGGACCGUCUAGAGGAGGAGAUUGAAGACCACGCCUUCGACAAUAAUAAACAGAUGAAGGGUGUGAACGUGGAGGCCGUUCUGAGAGUGGAGGAAGAUGAAGACGACAAUAAGAGGAAGAAUGUGUCCAGACAGGCGGCAAAAGGCAAUCUGGGACUCAGCAUGCUGAUAGACUCUCAGAAUAACCAGUAUGUGCUGACCAAACCUCGUGACUCCACCAUUCCACACGCUGACCAUCACUUCAUCAAGGAUCUGGUGUUCGUGGUCAUGUUGUCUUUGCCGUGUGGAUGGUUCUGCACAAUGAUGGGUCUGCCGCCCAUGUUCGGUUAUAUUAUCUGUGGCGUUCUGCUCGGGCCGUCUGGACUCAACAGCAUUAAAUCAGUGGUUCAGGUGGAGACGUUAGGAGAGCUGGGUGUGUUUUUCACUCUUUUUAUGGUUGGUCUGGACUUUUCCCCCGAACGACUCCACAAGGUUUGGAAGAUCUCUGUUCAGGGUUCAGGAUAUUUGACUCUUCUGAUGGUGUUUGCUGGGCUCCUGUGGGGUCAUCUUCUCACGCUUCCCCCUUCACAGACCGUCUUCAUCUCCAGCUGUCUGUCUCUGUCCAGCACACCGCUGGUGUCUCGCUUUCUCGCCGGAGGAUCCAGAGGAGAAUCAAAGGAGGGUGAGCUGGAUUACAGCAGCGUCUUACUGGGCAUGCUGGUCAUGCAGGAUGUUCAACUGGGGUUGUUUAUAGCCGUCAUGCCCACACUCAUUCAAGGAGACAGUGAAGACAUGGACAGUGUUCUGAUAGGCGUUCUGCACGUUCUGGUUCUUUUGGCUCGGGUGGUGACGUCACUAGCGGCCGUGCUGCUGUUGUGUUGGCUGCUGAAGUCUCAUCUGGUCGGUCCGUUCUAUAGAAAGCUACAUGCAGCGAGUAAAGGGAACAAGGAGAUCCUGGUGCUGGGCACCACCGCGUUUGUCUUCCUGAUGUUGACCGUGACAGAUUUGAUGGAUGUGUCCAUGGAGCUGGGCUGCUUUCUGGCAGGUACACUUCUCUCUUCACAAGGUCACAUGGUCACUGCUGAGGUCAUGAGCUGCGCAGAACCAAUCAGAGAUUUUCUAUCCAUCAUCUUCUUUGCAUCUAUUGGACUCCAUGUUUUCCCGACCUUCGUCUUGUAUGAGUUAACCAUCCUGUUAGUCCUCACCUUCUCUGUGGUUAUUAUGAAGUUCAUAAUGGCCGUGCUGGUUCUGUCCAGCAUUCUUCCUCCGGGUUCACGACACAUACGCUGGGUAGUGUCUGCUGGACUGGCGCAGGUCAGCGAGUUUUCCUUCGUUCUGGGCAGUCGAGCCCGGCGGGCCGGUAUCAUCUCUCGAGAGGUUUACCUGUUGGUUCUCAGUGUCACCACAUUAAGUCUUCUCCUCGCACCUGUGUUAUGGAGAGCGGCCACACAUAAGUGCAUUCCUCGCACAGAAAGAAAACCUGACCAAUGACCUUUCAGUACCAGUGGUCUUUAGGGUGCACUCACAUUAUACCAAACCAAACAGUGCACGAGCUCGAUAGUCCCCCUCCCUUCUCCCACAGAUGCACUCACGGUGUACUUUGACCGAUCCGAGCCCGGGUACGCUUUCGUCAUUAGGAUGCGAUUGUUUUGAAGAAAACAGGAAUUUAAGCGCUCUUUUAACCCUGGAGCUCAUCGUAAUGUUAAGUCUGUGUUUUAUAUUUGAAGUCAUUUGGUGCACAGCCCUCUCACAUGCCAUCAUAUUGCUAAGUCGCGUGUGCAGCUCAGACAUUCACGUUACAUUGUUGCGCGCAUCAGAAAGUUUUUAUGGAGACAGAUGAAGGUGAGUGGUCGCGCAAUUAACCAAACCUCACCCGGGCACCGUACAAAGCGAUCACACUAGUCAAACUAACCAGGCUUUGGAGGUCAAACAGGUUUGGUUGGGAUAAUGUGAGCACAUCCUUACUCUCUCUUUCCUAUUGAACAGAAGCACAGACCGGUUUUGGUCUCCUGAUAGACAGGAGAUGUUCGAGUCCAAACCCAGUCGGGUAAUUGAUUUCAAUCAUCUCUAACUUUUAUUCAUCAUAUUGAUGAGAAGUUCAAUCUAUGAAAAUAUUUCUGAAUAAUAAAACGAAGAGCACAGCACACAGAAAAUAACUUAAUAAUGUUUGUCCUAUACAUGUUAUAGUAAUAUAUGACCAAAUGUUAUUUAUUUGUUUAAUAUGUGCCUUGAAACCAAAUAAUGAUAUUGUAAAUCAGUAGUGUACUGUAAACAUGUCUCAGAUUUCUUUUUCUAAAUGUAACUAGAAAAGUUUCAUGUAACUGUGAAUCAUUUCUCUGGAUUGUUUGUUUUCAAUGGUGAUCAGAAAUUAAACUUGUCUUCUGGAACUUAA